CUCCGGUCCGCUCCUACCGACUUGGGAUUCAGUUUCAUCCAUCCAAGGGCCACACUCACUGUUGAGAUCAGCACCAUGUUCGACUCAAAGAUUAGGGUGCCCAAGUACGACUCGGAGGCGUUCGACAAUGUCGAGUACGAGCUGCAGAUGACGUACACCCUGGAGACGGAUCGCAGGAUCAUGAGCUUCUACGACUCCAUGUGGGGCAUGGAGGUGUCCGGCGGCAUCGAUCAGUUCGAGCCGCUUACCAUCCUCAACGUUUCGCCCACCGGGCUGGCCAAGAGGGGAGGAAUGCGGGUGGGCGAUGAGAUCACCCAGAUCAACGAUGUCCCAGCUCUGGAGAUGACCUUCAAUGAGGCCCUGCAAAUGUUCCGCAAGAACUCGCGUUACGUUCGCGUCUAUGUGAGGGGCGAUGAUGAUGCCCCCGGCGAGGAGGACUGGACCUGCGACUGCUGGUUCAAGCCCAGGAAGCCCUGGCGUCGCGAUUUCACACCCAUUCAAUGGACUUUCCCCUGGAACGAUCGCCGCAAGCCCGUCUACAAGGAGUCCAACUGCUUCAUGGUGCCCAGCAAAAUGGAGGAGAAGAUUCGGGCUAGGCGUGCCGCCACCUCAGCUGUCCACAAGAAGGACGAACUGGCUCCGCACACUCGCUCGCUGACGCCCACGCCCAGGCCCAAGAAUCAACCUGGCCCCAAUCUUCUGGAGACUGUGCUCCGGCCCCGUGGACCACCGCCAAGGGAUUAGGCCAUCUGAUCCGAUCCGUAAGAUGAAGCUGGCCUAGUUACAAUGAGUUGCAGGCAGCGCUGAAUCCGCUGCAGUGCAUCAGGACCUUUGAGGAUGUCCGUUUGAAGAAUGGCAGACUACUGUGCAAUCAGUGGAAGUGCCUCACAAAUGCCACAAGCCGAUUUUGAAGAUUGUUCUUCGAAGAACAGUGUCUUAAUCCUGCUGAUAAAUGAGAAGUCAAAAUAAUUUAUGGUUAAAUUGCAUAGUGAGCAAUAGCUGGCAGUCAACUGUUGAGCUAUUGAAGUGCCUUCGAGCUGAGAUUUUGAAAAAAGUUCCAAGGGAACUUUAAAAUCUGGAACUGGUGUGAUGACUCGGAAAAUAUCCAAGAGGGAUACUGUCGAGAUGUUAACUAUUUCCUAUAAAAUAAAUAAAUAAAUCAUUAAAAAAUGUUUUUUAAAAUAGUAAAUAUCAUUCUGUUUAUAAUAACAGAAUUUCAAGCUUGACUUGUAAAGAAACAAU